CUUCCACGCCAUGGCCAGGAAGAAGGUGAACCUGGCAUGGAUUGCCAACGACUCCACCAGGAGGGCCACCUUCAAGAAGAGGAGGAAGGGCUUGAUGAAGAAGGUGAGCGAGCUGGCGACGCUUUGCGACGUGAAGGCUUGCGUGGUCGUGUACGGCCCUCAGGAGCCCCAACCGGAGGUGUGGCCCUCGGUCCCCGAGGUGACGAGGGUCCUCGCGCGCUUCAAGAGCAUGCCGGAGAUGGAGCAGUGCAAGAAGAUGAUGAACCAGGAAGGAUUCCUCCGCCAGUGUGUGACGAAGCUGCAGGAGCAGCUGCGCAAGCAUGAGCGCGAAAAUCGCGAGCUCCAGACGAUGCUGCUCAUGUAUGAGGGCCUGGCGGGGAGGAGCCUGCGUCAUGUCGGCAUCGAAGAUGCGACGAGCCUCGCAUGGAUGGUGGAGAUGAAGGUGAAGGCGGUGCAGGAGAGGAUUGAGCUGGUGAGGGCGCAGAUGGCCUCGCGGAUGGUCGAGGCGUCGAGCAGCCAGGUGGCGCCGGUGGCCAUGGAGGGGACGGGACUGGGACAGGGACCGAUGCCGGUGAUGAAGGAGAAGACGCCGAUGGAGGCGGCGAUGGAGGCUCUCCAGAGGCAGAACUGGUUCAUGGAGGUGAUGAACCCGAAUGACAACUUGAUCUUCGGUGGUGGGGAGGAGAUGGUGCAGCCCUACGUAGACCAUACCAACUCAUGGCUUGACGCCUGCUACUUCCUUUUGAACUGAGUGCCCCUAGUGAUUUCCUUUUCACCCAGGUCCUUUGCUUUUAAUUAGUCAGAAUAAUUGUAGCGUCGCCUCUCCUAUAUGUGCUUGCUUUUGUGGUUAGGGUAUAUGUUGGUCCCCUUAAUUGUUCCUUGCGUUCUC